CGGCUACGCAGCGGUGUCUUCAUUUACAAGUAAAAUCUGGAUUUCCUUCUUUCCACUCGUAUAGCCAUUGUACCUUGCUUCAACCCCUCACAGGAUUUUUGGUUCUCCAUUCUUCAGGACUGCAGACCAAAGGUUGCUCCAGAUUUGUUUUGUUGUCAUAUGGGGAUUUCUUUUUCAUGUCCGUUUGCAAAAUACGAUGACGUCGAAGAUGGCUUAGAGUCUGUCGUUGUAAAAUCGAUCGACUUCGGUGACGAAGUCAUCAAAACUCCUGUGCGAUCGGUCAGUUUCAAGAAUCAGGACACAGGACCCACAGUACUGAAAUCCCUGGGUUCUGGGACGAUGAUGAUAGAGGCGUCAGUGAUCUUCAAGAGAAAUGAAGCUGAGAACAUGAUCUUAACCAAGACUAUGCCUGUUGACAUUGAGAAAAACAUGCCGACAUCAAGGGUGAGUGAAAGGAGCAAUGAGAUGGAUGAUCGAGUUCUCAGAUCAGAGUGUCAAGUGGAAAAGAUACAGUCAGCCCUUUUGGACCCAAACAAUCCCAAACACAUGGCCGCAGUCAAGUUACAGAAAGUAUACAAGAGUUUUCGAACUAGAAGAAAGCUUGCUGAUUGUGCAAUCAUUGUUGAACAAAGCUGGUGGAAGCUACUAGAUUUUGCUGAACUCAAGCACAGUUCUAUAUCCUUCUUUGACAUUGAGAAACAUGAAACUGCUAUUUCACGUUGGUCUAGAGCUAGAACCAGAGCCGCCAAGGUUGGUAAAGGCUUAUCAAAAGACGAUAAAGCUCAAAAGCUUGCUCUACAGCACUGGCUUGAAGCGGUUAGUCAGAUGCAUGAGCAUACCUGUUCUUUUUCAUUCGUAAUCGAUCUGUUGGUCCUCCAUUUAUCAUUACUCACUCAAAUGUUUUUCAUGUAUUUGAAACAGAUAGAUCCACGUCAUCGCUAUGGACAUAAUCUACACUUUUAUUAUGAUAACUGGCUUCGAUGUCAGAGCAGAGAACCCUUCUUCUACUGGCUAGAUAUAGGAGAAGGAAAGGAAGUCAAUCUCGAGAAGUGUCCUCGAUCUAAACUUCAACUGCAGUGCAUCAAAUAUCUUGGGCCGAUGGAAAGGUUGGCUUAUGAAGUUGUAUUAGAAGAUGGAAGGUUCGUGUACAAGCAAUCAGGAGAGCUACUUCACACGACUGGAGGCGAAAAUGCCAAAUGGAUUUUUGUCCUUAGCACAUCUAAGACCUUGUAUGUUGGAAAGAAGAAGAAAGGUUCGUUUCAGCACUCAAGUUUCUUGGCCGGAGGAGCCACAUCUGCUGCCGGGAGACUAGUUGUGGAAUAUGGGGUCUUGAAGGCAGUUUGGCCUCACAGUGGUCAUUAUCGUCCUACAGAAGAGAAUUUCAAGGAAUUCAUUUCAUUCCUUCAGGAGAAUGAUGUGAACCUCUCAUAUGUCAAGAUGGCUCCAGUUGAUGAUGAUAGUGGAUCACUCUCACAGAGAUUCAGUGGUCAUAUUAGGAGCCUCUCAUCUGACGAGGACUUCACUGAGAACGUGAGUGGCUUGGAGACAGAGGAGACCAGUGCCAGAAACUCCAUUGAGGAGAAAGCCACUUCAAUUGAAUCAGAAACUGCUUCUGCCUCGGGGGCACCAAGGACAAGGCAAUUCCAGGAUUUUGGAAGGGAACUGACCAGUCUUGAAAUUCCCAAAAGGGUGAAAUCAUUCAGAAAGCUGGAAAACGAGGAAGUUGAUGAUCAAAGUAAUGAGAGUUUCCAAAUGGAAUCACCCACUACUGGUGAAGAAAAAGCUGCGCUAAGUUUGGGGUCUAAGGCAGAUCGUUCUGAUGAAAAACACGAUGACGAAGUAGAAACUAUUCCAGAAGAGUCAAUUGUAAGAAGGAUUAGCUCACUGAAAGUAACCAGAUCAUACCAAUUAGGGAAACAGCUAUCUUGCAAAUGGACAACUGGUGCCGGACCACGCAUCGGCUGUGUGAGAGACUACCCUUGUGAGCUCCAGUUCCGAGCUUUGGAGCAAGUGAAUCUUUCUCCAAGAAGUGAUGGCCGCGCCAAAUCUUUUGCUCUUAGAACCACCACUGGGUUGGGCGAAGCAGCCUCAACACCUUCAAGUUUGUGGGGAACUUCACUUGAUAAUACGAGCAUGUCUCAAGAGGAUGGUCAUCAUCCAAGAUCGGAGUCCUUGCCCUUGAUUAGGGGAACAUCAGUGAUACCAGUUAUUCAUUCCAGUGAUUAACAGGAUUCGUUGAUUGAUUCUUUUGUGUGAAUAGGAAACAAGAUACAGGAUUCUUUUUCUUCCAUUUUUUUUGGGGGUUAUCAUUUCAACUAAUUUAUAUAGGAAUUCUUUUUCCGCUCAUAUUGUACAAUACAGGAUGACAAUUGUAAAAUUUUUGCCCUUCUGAAUACAAAAGGAAACAAAAUUCUAUUUUCCA